ACGCAGAGCUGCAGUUCGGAACCGGGCUGAGAAACCAUAUCCAGUCGGUACCGGUUCCUGGGUGGAGAUGUAACAUCCCGGAUGUAGGGAAACGGCGUUCUGUAGUUCUACGUCGGGCAUCAGCAGCCGUCACACACACACACGCGCAGCCUACGUAUUCAAAUGUGAUGUAGCCGAGACGCACUGGCUGGACAGGCGGUGAAGAGAGGUCGCUGACGGACUGUGCGUAAUGCUGAGUGGACAGCAGUAUUUCUCUCUGUAUAUUCCAGCCCAGACGGGCUAUUGACGGGAGAAUUCUCACUCCUUCUGCAGUGCCAGCUCGUCAUUACAACCAGAUGCUCUCCGCCGGACCGGACCCGUUCAGUUUCAUGCCGUCCAACCCGACCGGAGCCUGAGCCGAAGGAUGCAGGUGAAAAACCAGAUCUGCACCGAGCGGAGCAGCACCGACGACCCGGAGCAGGAUGACAGCGAGAAGAAGACCUCGUGUUUUUCCAACAUCAAGAUCUUCCUGGUGUCGGAAUGCGCGCUCAUGUUGGCACAGGGCACCGUGGGCGCCUAUCUGGUAAGUGUUCUGACCACUCUGGAGAGACGCUUCAACCUCCAGAGUGCAGAUGUGGGCGUCAUCGCCAGCAGCUUCGAAAUCGGCAACCUGGCGCUCAUCCUGUUUGUCAGCUACUUUGGCGCCAAGGCCCACAGACCCCGCCUGAUUGGCUGCGGCGGGAUCGUCAUGGCGCUGGGGGCGCUGCUGUCGGCCUUGCCGGAGUUCCUGACUCACCAGUACGAGUACGAGGCCGGGGACUCGUGGCACGCCGAGGAUGGCAGGGACAUCUGCUCCAACAACUCCAGGUCAGAGAACCGAGACUCUGGGUUUAAAUGUGGCAACAGAGCCAACACCAACAUGAUGUACCUGCUGCUGAUCGGAGCCCAGGUUCUGCUGGGCAUCGGAGCCACACCUGUCCAGCCUCUGGGAGUGGCCUACAUUGAUGACCAUGUCCACAGGAAGGACUCCUCGCUGUAUAUAGGUAUUUUAUUUUCAACAUUAGUGUUUGGCCCGGCCUGUGGCUUCAUCUUAGGUUCUGUAUGUACCAAAGUCUACGUUGAUGCUGUCUUCAUCGACACCAGUAAGCUGGACAUCACCCCAGAUGACCCUCGCUGGAUCGGGGCGUGGUGGGCCGGCUUCCUCCUCUGCGGUGCCUUACUCUUCGUCUCAUCCCUCUUCAUGUUCGGCUUCCCCCAGGCGCUGGACGAGCAGGACAUGGACGGUGGAGGGGAGAGUGAGCAGGCCAUGCUGCCUUCCUCGCUGACCAUUGAGUACCAGGGCUCUAAACCCAACGGGGCCAUUCAUGGCUUCGAUAUGAACAGCGGACUCUCAGUUUGUGAGCAUCUGAGAGUAAUCCCCCGGGUAACCAGGCACCUUCUCUCCAAUCCGGUGUUCAGCUGCAUCACGCUGGCAGCCUGCAUGGAGAUCGCUGUGGUUGCUGGCUUUGCUGCCUUCCUCGGAAAAUACCUGGAGCAGCAGUUCAACCUCACCACCUCCUCAGCCAAUCAGCUGCUAGGUAUGACAGCCAUCCCCUGUGCCUGUCUGGGUAUCUUCCUCGGGGGGCUGCUGGUGAAGAAGCUGAACCUGUCCGCUCUGGGCGCUGUCCGCAUGGCCAUGCUGGUCAACCUGGUGUCCACCGCCUGUUACGUCUCUUUUCUCUUCUUGGGCUGUGACACCGGACCUGUCGCCGGGGUUACUGUAGCCUACGGCAACGAGACGUUGCGGUCCUGGCAGCGACCUGAGUCGGCGUGCAUCAAUAACUGUAACUGCUACACAGCAUCAGUGAGCCCCGUCUGUGGUUCCAAUGGAAUCACCUACCUCUCGGCCUGCUUCGCUGGCUGCACCAAACCAAACCUGACCAGCUGCUCGUGUAUAUCCAGCACCAGUGAAGAGGCGGUGGCUUUACCGGGGAAGUGUCCCAGCCCAGGCUGUCAGCAGGCCUUCCUCACCUUCCUAUGUGUGAUCUGUGUGUGCAGCAUGAUCGGAGCUAUGGCCCAGACGCCCUCUGUCAUCAUCCUUAUCAGAACUGUAAGUCCCGAGCUGAAAUCUUAUGCCCUCGGAGUUCUGUUCCUGCUCCUGAGACUGAUUGGCUUCAUCCCUCCCCCGCUGAUCUUCGGCAUGGGCAUUGACUCCACCUGUCUGUUCUGGAGCUCUGUCUGCGGCGAGAAGGGAGCCUGCAUGCUGUACGACAACGUGGCCUACAGGCACCUGUACGUCAGCAUCGCCAUCGCCCUCAAGUCGUCGGCCUUCGUCCUGUACGCCACCACGUGGCAGUGUUUGAGAAAGAACUACAGGAAAUACAUCAAGAACAGCGAGGGUUACCUCACGCCCACCGAACUCUUCGCCUCCAAUGUGACUCUGGACAAUUUGGGCAAGGAGAUCACCCAGAACCCAGCCAACAGGACAAAGUUCAUAUACAACCUGGAGGACCAAGAGAUGUGUGACAACAUGGAGUCUGUUUUAUAGUGGUGGUCUGCACUGGAGCUCCAGACUGGAGCUGAGGCUGUUAAUGUGCGACUGAUCUGACGUGCGAUGUUUCCUUGGUGUCGUAUCAGUGUAGAAGAAUGUUCUCAGUAAGGGUCUUAUCUUCUUCUCGCCCAAAACAUCAGACAUAAUGAAAAAAAUUGAAGAGACGUUUCCCAAAAUGCUCUAUAUCCACAUUGCACUUUUUACUCAAAUACAGACGAUCCAAUCCGGUCAACGAAAUUAUAAACUGACUUUUUUGUUUUGUUUACAUUUCCUUAAUUCGACAGCAAACGUGGGGAAAGAAAUGAGAAAUUACAUGGAAUGACUUUGCAGUUAAUGCAUCAUACCACUAAUCCACCAAGACUCCCCUGAAACGCUCUUCUUUAGUUCAACUUCAUUAACAGUUCAGUUCAAAUUAGAUUUAUUAAGAGACCAGAGCUCUUUGAGAGGCAGACAUUUUGGUCAUUCAUUAUCUUUGUUAGACAGUUUAUUUUCCUUUAGAAGGAAGUACUUCUCAGGUCCAGAUGCCAGAUAGAAAGGAUGACAGUCAGCACGGUUGUUCAUCAUUAGCUUAUGCAUACUUUAGCUAUUGGUUGGAGUAGUUUUUACAGACACAAAGUACAUACAGUCUUAAUUACUAAGCAACCCUACUACAGACUUAUUAACAGACGUGUGUGUUCACUCACUCAAUUGUCUAAAUUCAACACAACGAAUUAGGGACAACAGAUAUGCAUUGACUACAGAGGCCCAUGGAGGCACACACAAGAAGCAAAGGAGAACCAACAAAUCAGCAACAAGAAAUAGAAGUACAGGAUUAAACAUAAUCCAGUAGUUGAUAAUAAUAAUUAAAUGUAUAAAGUAUUGGGCAACAUAUUACAUCUAGGCGGCCCUGUUUCCUGGCUACAUUGUUAAAACCUCCGAGCAUUACAGAGUCAAAUAUAUAACAAGUAAAGACAAAAUACGAAGCCCUCUACCCCAAAACAAAACCAAAUCAUUUCUAACCAAUUACAAAAUAACUGCAUUUCUCUUUCAUCUUAAUACAGUGAGCAGAAAAUAUUGGUACUUUUAUUGUUCAAGAUCUUAUAAAAAAAAUGUCCCAAAAGGGAACAGUUCAACAAUAUUUGUCACAGAAAAUGAUUUUAUCUUUCAUUUUGUGCCACCAGUCAUCUGACAAGAUCAAAGGGUGGAUAUCCCAUUUUGGAACAAAUACUCUUCAGUUUGUGUUGAUGUUGCACAUAUUAUUAAGAUUUUAGAAAAUCUUUCUCAGUAGCUUUCAAUGUAAUUGGCCCGUUCUUGUUGUAGAGGGCAUUUUAGGACAUUUGUUGAAGGUAGAGGAGUGUUGAGCCGGUACGUAACAAUGAUCCCUUUACUGUGUCAUAGUGCGAAGUUUUGCUAUGAAUGCUGGACAAGAUUGUGAGACAAAUUUUUUGUUUCAGCGUCACAGAACUGUUUUGUUUUUUACUUCAAACCAUUUUGUCAGUCCUUACUCUGGCAUUUAUAGAAAUAAGGUGCAACUUCCAAAAGUAAAUAAAAAAAGAGAAGUCCUUCUAGAUGUUUAGCUGGUGAUCUAAAAAGCAACGGACUGUGAGAGAGGAUGAAAGAGUUUGGUGGCCCACCUAUGAAUAGUUGGACAAUACCUGAGCCGACUCAGUACCCGAACCUGUGACAUCUCAGUUUCAUGACUCUCUCACCGCCGCCAUUAUAAUUCUGCCAGGAACACUCGUGUCGAUGGCAAAUCAAGACAGAAAUACAGUUUGACUUGGUGGUGUAAUUCUACUCCUGGGGACGCCCCUUGCAGCAGUAAUGCAUGGAAUACACGGCAACCUGAUAAAUAACAAGCAGGGAACAUUGCAAAUAAGACUCUCCAGGGUAAAUGUCCGUAGUAGGGCCAUAGCAGGUGGAGGCUGUGGGGGAGGAGGCCUUCACCGAUAGAAUCGGUAACAGCAGCAAAGCUCACAUGAGCGCACAGACCGAGAUCGUGGAGGCAUUUAAGUAGAACGCCAAAUGGAGGCACUGAGACAUGAUGAAUGUGGUGGGCUAGCUGUCAGCAGACACAGCAUAGCAUGACGCACAGUGUCCAGCCAGAAUUAGUUCAUUUAAAAGCAUGCUGGUAAAUGCAUGCAAUGUUAAAAAAGAAAUAUACAGUAUGUCACUAAGCUGCACAGACUGUGGUUUGGUGGCCAUGGUAAUGGUUAAAUACACAUUUAACUCUAAUGGCCUCCAAAUUCUAUUUUAGACCAUGGAGAAGCUUUAUAAUGCAUACUGCAUUGUGAUGUUGAUGAUUUUUUAGCAAACCUCAGCUGACUCACUCACACUGCAGUGAUUGUCUAAACACAGAUCUUUUUUCUUUUUCUUUUUUUUGUCAAAUGAUAAUUUAGUUUUUAGGAAUUCUAUGGGAUUCUGAUUUCUGACAUAUCCAGUUUAUAAAGAUAAUAUAUUGUUUUUCCUGGCUUACUUUGUAAGUAUUUAAUAUGUUUUGCAUCAAAAAUAUGGACCUUUGUCCAGCCACUCACCAUCGCAAUCGAUUUCAUCCCUUUGAUGUUUGAAGGCGGGGGUUAAAGGAGCAGUUUGACAUUUUGGGAAGUAAGCUUGGUCACUGUCUUGCCGAGAGUUGGACAAGAAGAUCGAUACCUCCCUCAUGUUUGUACAUCAUAUAUGAAGCUAAAGCCAGCAGCCGGUUAGCUUAGCUGAGCACAAAGCCUGGAUAUAGGGGCAAAUUGAUGGCCUGGCUUUUUCCAAAAGUAACGAAAUCCACCUACCGACACGUCUUAAACUAGUUUUCCAUCUUACUGCUAAGCUAAGCUAACCAGCUACUGGUUCUAGCCUCAUAUUUAGCGUACAAACGUGAGAGUGGUAUCAGUCUUUUUAAUCUAACUCUCGGCAAGAAAGCAAACAAAGCGUAUUCCCGAAAAUGUCUAACUGUACUUUAGUUACAGUUCCAUGAUUCAGUCUCAUUUUAUGCUGCCGCUCAUGUUCUAUGAGUGCAUUUCUUUGCAAAUGGUGGAAUCUAUGUUGGAUCCACACUAGUCAUAUGAUGUAUUUAGUUUAGCACUUCAAUGAACUAAUAGUUAUAGGAUUUAAACUAUACAUUGAUGAUGCUUCAGCAUCAUAAAUAAUAAAGAGAAUAUUCUAUAAAUGGGGGGAAAACAGACUGGGAAUGUCUGAGAUCAACAAUGGACCUACAUUCAACACAGAGCUGUGCCAGACCAGACUAAUGUCUGCUUGAUUUGAUGUGAACCAAGAGAGCAUAAAUACAGAUUUUCAGCACAGCAGUGAGACUUAAAUUCGAGCAGUGAUUAGGUAGUGUUUGAAACGUCUCCGAAAAGUCUUUGACUGUCCCUGAUGGGAAGAUUGGCUCCAAGCAGGACAUUCAGGACAGUCGGACAUUAUGCCAAGAGCUUCUAACGGGGAGGAGGGUGUUAACUAACAUUACCAGUUGGCCACCAUCUCUCUCCCCCCCCCCCCCAAACAGGUCUUUGAUAUCUGUGAUGUUCAGUGUGUCAUAGUGCUGACUCCUCUGUACAUAAUAGUGCCAUACAAGUGCCAAAGUGACACCAUAGAAGUGUUCUGUAAUGUCCUGCGGAGAACUUUGUCUCACCACGCUGGAGCUCAGAGCAGAUCCUCCAGCUGUAUGUAGCCUUUCUGUGAUAUCCCUCCUCUUACUUUCACCAUAUCAUACAACAGUGUCCCAAAAAACAUAUUGCCUAUAAAAAUAUUGUAUAUGGGUCUAGAUAACAGUAUUAUUUAGGAUGUAAUAACUGUUAAUAUGUAGGACUUUUCUACUAGUGAAGGUAUUGUCUAAUUUAGAUUAAUCUGUCUUUUCCAUCAGUGGCAAAGCUGAUAACUGUUUGUUGCUUUGGUCCAAAUAAAAACAACACUUUGCUUGAAAUAAGUGGCACCAAUGUUGAGCUAUAGCCUGACAUUGUACAGUAGACAAGGCUGACCGUAGAUUAUCAGCCAGACUUCACUGAUAGCAGUCCUGCACCUGUGCCUGGAUACUGAGCUCUCCUCGGAGACCUCCUGACGUUGUGCCAUAUCAACCUGUGCACUGUAACAUUCAACACUCGCAAAGAAAAAGCCAACGUGUUCCGGGUCCGUCUAACGCGCUGGCAAGCGUGACAGAGAUUGCUUGACCUUGUAUUCACCUGCGGCGACAGGACUGUUUUGCCUUGUGAUGAGAAAAUAACUUUGGAGCAUAAAUGUUUGUUUUUUUUACAUCCUAUUUUUCUCAUUAUUCUCUUUUGAUGACCUUGCCUUGUGGUAACAGCAGGCUGACUUUUAUAGCGGAUCUUUAGCGACAGAAGUAUUGACAUAUGAAGAGCUUACUGCCAAAAUAUGACAUUUGUGGGCAAAAAAAAAACAAAGACAACUCUUGAGGUUUAUCAUUCAAGAGACAUUUUGACAUAGAUGGACAGUUAUCCUGUAUAUAGGCCCAUAAUUAGUUUUUGUUGCUAUUAAUUAUUUCUUACGGACAGUCACUUUUUUUGUAAAUGAUGGAUGUUAUUUUGGAAGCAAACUCUUCAUAUGCAGAAAGAUAAUCCUUUGGUUUGAGCCUUCAGGCAGCAUGUUGCCUUUGAUUAAAGUGAAACCAUGUGCUAACCAUGUUAGUGAGGGUUUUAGAGUGAUGUGCUUGCUUAUGCUGUGGGUGGUAUUCCAUGUGUGGAUUUCAUGGCUCUAUGCAGAGGACCUUUGAAAAGAAAAGGGCAUUGAAAUAAGAAAAUAUCACCUAUAUUUUCAAAGCAUCACAAAAGGUUUUUGGAUAUGCUCUAUUGCUUCUUUGGAAUUAUUUUCUUUUCUUUUUUUCUUUGGAUAAUAUGAAUUUAUAUUUAAAAGCUUUAUGUUCUGUAUAUUUCUUGGAAAAAGAUUACAUGAUUGUAUGUUUAUUGUAAAUACAUUAAAUAUACUAUUUUUGUUUUUAA